AUGGACUAUUGCUCUGCGGGCACACUAUCCAACAUCAUCGAAGAAUACAGUGCGGAAAAAUGGCAGCAGGAUACCGACGACCAGAUCCCUGAACCCAUGUUUUGGAUCACUCUCAUCACAAUCUCGGAAGCAAUCUACAACCUCACAACCGGAUUGACGUACACGCCGGGUAUGGACGAUGCAGCAGAAGCCUUUGGGUGGAUACCAAAAGUGCAUCGCGAUAUCAAGCCUAGCAACAUCUUCCUCAUUGAACCUCAAGAACCCUUCACUUCUUUCCCGCGGCCUGUGCUAGCAGACCUCGACGACAUGCUCGAGCUCUUUGGAUAUGAAGAGUACACCAAGAAGUACCACUUGUUCACCCGAGGCUACGCUGCACCCGAGAACAAUAUCGAGCUGCACACUCUAGACCCCGACUCCCGAGGCUUCGGCUACUUCCAAAGGCAGCCGCUUUCCUGCAAAACAGACAUCUGGUCUCUGGGCACCGUACUCUGGGAGAUGAUGCACAGUUUUCUCGAGUAUAUCGGCAAGAAGACCGACAGCGGUAGGUUUGAGGAGGUUGGUGGAGAGGAAGAUGACGAAGGCGCAAAAGUGCUUGGGGAGUUUUGA